AUGGAGCUUGGCAGCUCAGUGCAGGGCCCCGUGGCUCGCGCGCAUGCGGCUCGUAUCGACGAGCCACGCGGUGCUCCUGCCAGAGGUAUCCAAGCGGCAACACAAAGAAAGAGAUUUGCCACGGCGAUCGGCUUUGGCAUCUCGCUGAAUUUGGCUUGGGCCGGCCAAGCACAGGCCCGUUCACGAAGUCUGCGGAAGGCCCAUGGCCAAGGCCGUCACGGGCGUCGAGAGGUCCUGUCGAUCGGAGUGGUGACUCCACUGGUUGCGCCGUUGGCAGCCAAAGCGGAAGCGGAACCCCCAACGGUGUCAAAGAAGGUUGCCGAAGGUGUCUACAUCUUCGACCAAGCAUAUGGCAUCCCUGGGCUUGGAGUUGGUGCCAAUAUUCCCAUCCGCAUGACCGUGCUCAGCCUGGAAGGCGGUGGCUACUUGGUUUACAACCCAUGUCACCCAACUGCAGAGGCUAUGCAGAUGUUGAAAGAGUUUGGCCUGACAGACGUGCGAUAUAUUGUAUGUGGCACUGUUGCCAUUGAGCACAAGUAUUAUGCCCCCCAGUGGGCACAGCUCUUUCCAAAAGCGGAGGUGUGGAUAAGUCCACGGACAUUUAGCUGGCCGGUUGAUUUCGGACCGUAUGUUCCAGUGGGAGGCUUUUCAAGGAGCACACCACUGCAAAAGAUUCCCAAAGAUGCAUCGUUGGCACCUUGGUCCUCCAAGGGCAUCGACCAUCUUCAACUGACCGUUGACUACGCACCGCGAACGGUCUUUGAAGAGACGGUGCUCUUCCACAAACCGUCUGGCAGCUUCGUCUGCACUGACAUGCUGAUCGGUCUGUCGGAUGAGCCGCCGGAGAUAUUGACUCUGUCACCCUACAAGGAAGGACUUCUUUGGUUCUCCCGCGAUGAGCCUUUGGAAGAGGUCGACGUCAGCAGUCCAAAAACACUGAAGGAUGGAUACCAAAAGUCUGUACUCCUUCUGAACAACAUCAAUCCGCGAUCGCUGCUCUCAGUUGCAGCAGGCGACUUGGCUGUGCCGAAACAACUUGGCUUGGCAUCCAAAGCGCCACAGAAGGAGCUGGGAUACUUUGGCUGGUAUCCGUGCAACUGGCAGGCGUCCGAUUCGCCAUGCGCCAAAUUAGAUGAUCGCCUGCUUCCGUCGAAGGGGAGCAAGACCUUUGAUUGCCGUCCAGGCUGGCGUGGAGAAUGGACCAGGUUGGCUGCUGGGGUUGAAGGGACCGGAUUCCAAGUUCCAAGCUUCGUCGCUGAGCUCCAAGUCAGCCGCGAUCCGGAGACGCUUGACAGUUUUGCCAAGGAGAUAUCCCGAAGAUGGCCAGGAAUAAAGAAGGUGAUCUCUUCGCACUUCAGCUCUCCAUUGCCAGCAUCCAGCGAGAACGUGUCAAAGGCUAUAUCUGCCGUUUGUCGCGGGCCACCCGGCCCAGCAGCACGAGCAGCGGACCUCAGUGCGAUCCUGAACUUCCGCGACUACUUGGAGGAAAAUGACUUGAUAUACAAGCCCGCCAAAGGGCGAGGAAGCUGGACCGCCUGA